UGUUGCAGUGGUGUGAUCGUUGACAGUUUUGUGAUACGAUGGGUUAGAAUGGUGAAAAUGUCGCUAUAAUUCUUCUUUUCUUAGGCGUCAACCGCUAAAACUGUCACCACGGAUCAGUCCAGUGAGCUUUACAACAUGUUCCGGCCAAAGGCUUGGCUGCCGGGGGUGUUUUCCAAGCCUAAAAACCCCCACUCGCUGGAUCACCUGAAAUAUUUAUACACAGUUCUGUGUAAAAACCAGACGGUGACAGAAAACAACCGUGGCCUGUUGGUAGAAACCCUGAGGUCUAUAUCAGAAAUUCUUAUCUGGGGGGAUCAAAAUGACAGCUCUGUCUUUGACUUUUUCCUGGAGAAGAACAUGUUGUCGUUUUUUAUCCGCUAUCUUCGUCAGAAGUCUGGAAGAUACAUUUGUGUUCAGCUUCUGCAGACUCUGAACAUUCUGUUUGAGAACAUCAGUAAUGAAACCUCACUGUAUUACCUCCUGUCCAACAAUCAUGUCAACUCCAUCAUCAUCCACAAAUUUGACUUCUCUGAUGAGGAGGUCAUGGCAUACUACAUCUCUUUUCUGAAGACCCUCUCUCUGAAGCUCAAUAAACACACAAUACACUUUUUCUACAAUGAGCAUACCAACGAUUUUGCUCUCUACACAGAGGCAAUUAAGUUUUUUAACCAUUCUGAGAGUAUGGUUAGAAUUGCCGUUCGAACAAUCACGCUGAAUGUCUACAAAGUUGAUGACAAGGCUAUGUUGCGUUACAUCCGGGACAAGACAGCUGCCCCGUACUUCUCCAAUCUGGUCUGGUUCAUCGGCAAUCACAUACUGGACCUGGACAUGUGUGUGCGCAAUGACGCAGAUCUGCUCCUCUGCAGUCACCAGAGCCGCGACCGACUUGCUGACCUGGUGGCAGAACACCUGGAUCACCUGCAUUACCUGAACGACAUCCUCUGUAUUGGCAUUGACACCCUGAAUGAAGUACUCACAGACCAGUUCCUCAACAGGCUGCUCAUCCCGCUCUACGUGUACUCGCUGACCAAGCGGAAAAAAUACACUGCCCAACAGGAUGGGGACAAGAAGCAUGUGAGCUCGGUGGUUGCCCUUUUUCUCUUGUCUCAGGUUUUUCUCAUUCUGUCUCAUGCUCCACUGGUCCGGCAGUUGGCAGAGAUCAUAUUUAACGGUGACAUCAGUCUGACACGGCAAGACACACGUGAGAUGUCCCCAAGAACUCGGGUACGUGAAUUUGCGGCUCCAAAGGAGUCUCUGGCAAAGACGCUGGAGAAACGUGUUGAGGCUGGGCCACAAGAGGGAAACUCAACAUUCUACAUUGACCAAGGGGAUGAUAUGUCCUCCCCCUCCACAGAAGAACCACUGAGUCCCAGUAGCCCUGGCUUCUCCACAGCAGGGGAGACGGAUAUGUCUAGCCCAAACCAGAACUCCACGGACGAGGAAAAGCUGCUGGGAAUCCUACACAGAGAGCAUGUCUCAGUUGAGCAGAGGCAGGCAGAGUUCUCCUUCACCAAUAGACCUUACCUGGAGGCUAUCUUCAACUCGUUAGAAUGUCGAGAGAAUGACUAUGAAACGCUAUUUGCCCUGUGUUUACUCUACGCCAUGGGUCACAAUGAAGGUAUUCACCAGGGGUUACUGGACACAGUCCUCAUGCCGACUGAUCGCUCAGAGACAAAGGAGCAUUACAAUGUGAUAUUGGUGGAGAAGUUGAUACGUAUCAUUACACUGGCCUGUCAGCAGACCAGCAAAGUAAGGUUAGCCACACUAGAGCUGAGCAUCAAGCUUAAGCAGCUUGUCUACAAACGUGGGAAGUCCUACCUAAAGGACCAGCUGGCCUGUGUGGAGAACGCACGCGAGGGCAGUACUCAGCUACUCCGCAACUUCUACAAGAGUGAAGAAAUUUUUCUUGACAUGUUUGAAGAUGAAUACAGAGAACUUAAGACACGGCCGCUAAAUGUGGAAUACCUAAUGAUGGAUGCAUCCAUCCUGCUGCCUCCAGCGGGCACACCUCUAACAGGGAUAGACUUCAACAAGAGGUUGCCAUGUGGGGAGGUGGAGCGAGCAAGGAGGGCAAUCCGUGUGUUUUUCUUGCUACGAGAUUUAUCGCUGACAUUACUCCAGGAGUCUGAAUCCCAACUGCCUCUCACACUUGAUGAAAACUGUGUCAAGAUAUCUGACGUGCUCGAUCUCAAUAACAGUGAUCUCAUAGCCUGCACAGUGCUGACCAGAGAAAGCAAUAGAAAACAGGAGCGUCGGUUUCUGGUGAUAGAUGCCCAGCAGCUUAUUCUGGUUGAGCCGGACACAAAGAGACUAGGCUGGGGUUUGGUACGCUUUGUAGGAUUCCUCCAGGAUGUGGAAGUGUCUGGCGAUAAAGAUGACAGCCGAUCUCUUCACAUCACCAUCCACAAGCCCGCCAAGUCUGCCCACGCUCGACCCAUCCCCCUUCUGGCUGCGAAGUUUAUAUUUGAUGACCACAUCAGGUGCAUGGCCGCAAAGCAGCGGCUGGUAAAGGGGCGGUUAAAGGCACGGCAACAAAAGAUGCAGAUGAUAGAGAGGCUGCUGGACAUCCCUGUGGAGCAGAGUGCUAGCAUGGGGCUGUACAACUAUGGGGCUCGUGGAUCAGCUUCAGCUGUACCAGGUCAGGUCCACCGUGUGAAGCGACCUCAGGUCACCCAUGCCCAGGAGAAGGCUGAUGGGAAGUCCCCACGAGCAUCCUCAGGGCUGCCUGUGCCCCCUGGCAAGCAGCGAGCCAGCGCCCAACUCCAGCCUCCAGGUAAAACUGCUCUCCAGAGCAGUAAUCCAAAGUCCCACUACCAGACUCGACCAGAGGACAUGGAUGAUGUGGAGGAAGCUGUUGAUGCCACCUCCCCAUCGGCAUUUGCCUUCCAGACUCUGAAUCCACAGAGUAACCCUAAUUCGCCACAGCGUAAGCAGAGCCGAGUAUCCACAACAGCAGACAGUAGCCUACAAGACAUUCCUCUGGAGGACCUUUCCAAAAGAACACCCAGACGGCGACUGAGUGGUAUUGAGAAGGUUGGACAUACCAUUCUUUCAUCCAGCAUUUCAUGCCAUCCGGGGUCGCAGUCAGUCUCACAGUCCUCGACGUGGUCGCAGUGGAUCUGGCGCAACUGGAAUCCCAGUUUUAGAGCGACCUAUCAGCGGAAAGGAGAGGUCACGUCUCUGACAGUGGAUCCCACUCAGGAACGAGGGGACACCAGUGGGGAAGUCCAACCAGUCCAGGCCCAGUCUGAAGGCCUUCCUGAUGGGAAGUCCCAGCCACUCUUCCAGUUCCUCUCCUCGCUCCUCAGAUAGUAGCACUGUGAGUCCCUCUGCCCUAGGGUCACAGUCUCCGAAAAGUUUACGACCAGCACCAGUUCCUCCUACUUCACUUCUCCCACAGAACCCGGACAAGGACCUUAAUCCCACUGUUUGCACAGACUCG